AUGCUUAACGCACCCCAGUGUGCGUCCGCCCUUACCCGCGUAGCUCCGCGCGGCACAAUAAUGCGGCAAUCAUCCCAGUGUGCGUUCGCCCUUACCCGCGUAGCUCCGCGCGGCACAAAAAUGCAGGAAUCAUCCCAGUGUGCGUUCGCCCUUACCCGCGUAGCUCAGCGCGGCAAACGCCAAAGGGCUCUUUCGCGGGCCACGUCUGUGCAUCGUAGAGCGUCGCACAGCGCACCAUGCGACACCGCACCGCAAGCAAUCGGGCAUCUCGAUAGCGUCCGCGAUAGCUUAUCGGGCCCGGUAGAGCGCGAAAGUGUUGUUACACCUCAGCCGAAUUCCGAG